AGGCAUGAUAGCAGAAAAGCAAACGUUUCUAAAUCACGUGUCGGUCAACAGGUAGAUAAAACUGGUGUUCGUCCAACGAUGUCAAUUUGCACAGAAAAUUAAGAUGAGGUACUGUCUAAAAGUUAUUUUGCGCCUCUUGCGCCUAAUUCGAUUUUCCUUCCAAGCAGCCUUUAUGAUCAUGUUUGGAAAAUAUAUUCCUUCUAUCGACCAAACUAUGUUCAGGGAAUUUCGAGAAAUAAUGGCAGAGAGCUAUCUUAAAGAAGACGACUGGAAGGAUACAGUCUAUACCUUUGCUCAUUUAAGGGCAAUGAUAAGAAGCCGCCUUUUUGACGUUUUUCGGGAGGCGGAGCUACACGGUAAAGCUCCAGAUGGUGACGUCAUUACUUCUAAUUUGGAGAAGAAACGUCUGCUUGAAUUUGGCAGACAAAACAGACCACUUGUUAUAAACUUUGGGAGCUGCACUUGACCCCCGUUCAUGAAGAAGCUAGAGCAUUUCAAGAAAUUGAUAGCUCGCUUUGGUCAUGUGGCAGAUUUUUUAAUUGUGUACAUUACAGAAGCACAUCCCAGUGAUGGGUGGAAGUUCAAAAACAAUUUUGAUAUCAAUAAUCACACGGGGAUUAAUGAUCGAAUAAAGGCAGUAGAAACCUUAAUGAAAUAUCAACCAAACUGUCCAGUCGUGGCAGAUAAUUUUUCAAAUACAUUGAAUUACAAAUAUGGCGCCAUGUACGAGCGUCUGUACAUCGUCCUGGAUGACGUGGUGGUGUAUCUGGGAGAGAGGGGACCACAGGGUUACCACGUGGAGGAGGUGGAGGAAUGGCUGACCGAGUAUACGUCAUAGAUCAGCAAACACGUCAUUUAGAUAGCAUAUUGAAUGUGACGGAUUAGAACAAAACGAGUUCUGAAUAUCGCGAAGAAUUUGAAAGUUUCUCUUAAUUGUGUAUAUAUAUAAUUCUCCCAAUUGCGUCUGUUUGUUUGUAACCACGGUUUAUCCAAAAUGGUUCUAGGACUGCACAUCAAUCCGAGACCACUAACGUUGUAAACAUUUUGUUAACUCCUAGCCUAGUACCGUAUCUCAUUCUGGGCGUUAUUUAAAGUUUCUGUUUUGUGUUACAUGUGUAAAAGAUUGUUCUCAUACAAUAAUUAUAAAAUGUUCGUAUAAAAUAAUUUGCAACUCAUCAAUGUAGCGUUUCCUUCCUGAAAGUACAUUACAAAGGUUGACUGACUGUGAUAGCGUUUAUGACAAAGUCCUUGAAAACCUUUAGACGAGGACUUAUUGAAUUUUUACUGCUAUCAUGUGAUUGUAUAUAUAUCUUCGUAUAUGUACCUUGUAUUAAAAUGUUUGAAAUCUG